UUCUCAUAAUGCAUAUCAAACAACUUCUUUUUCAAUUACUGCUCAUUUUUUGUGCCACCAGUGUGCUCGCCGAGCCCAGCGACACCAAGGAGUUGCCAAAGUGUGAGACCCCCACCUACACUCUCGGAACAAAAUGGAUAAUUGUUAUAAUUAGCUGCUCGGUUGCAACUUGUGCCAUGAUCUCCACGUUUAUGUACUUUUGUGUCGGUCGUCACGGACAAAAAGUGCACAUUGUGCAACAGGAUCUCAGCGAUGGCAGUCAUCCAGAAGAAUGACGAAGUUUUCUGUAUCUGGAACUCGCAAAAAAUCGUUUUU